AUGUCCUACAGUUUCUCUACUGUCAGCGGCGUGCUGCCGCUUGGUACCCAGCGUGCAUACGUUCCACGAGCUUCGCGACCACAUCUUGCCUGGUCCGCGGUGCCGUCGUCUCGAGUUAUAGGACGCCAAUGCCGACUAAGAGGCGACGGGACAGCCGCGCGUGAGCAGACCCGCGGCACAGAGAGCACGGAGGCAGAGGGAGGCGAAGCCGCCGUCACGUCAGCCUCCCCUACUGAGCUUGGCUUGGCGGGGUUGCUCACGACGGACGCGGCAUCUGGCACGCGUCUCACCCUCUACUCCGAUCCCGAUUCACCGCAGCUGCCGCUCUGCAGCGCGACCAUUCCGUCACAGCGGCGCGUGGUGGCACUGUGGACUCCGCCAACGAGCACCAGUGCCGACAAGGACGGUGGCGGCAACGUAUGUGCCAUGGCACCGCUGUUCGUCAGCGAUGACACGGGAGGUGUUUUCGCCUACCAAUGGAGCGGCUCAGACAGCUUGAGUGAGCCAGCAGAAAAGCGUCGCCGUACCGACGCGAACACGGGGCGCGCACUCAAUGAAGACAAGGACGGCGUGUGGACCCCCGUGGCCCGGGCGCACUCCACACUAUCCUCGGAUGUAGCGCGAAUGCAAUCCUGCAGGUCUGCCAUGUCAAGCCUCUUCGCCGUUACCCGUGGCGCGCCGGGCUGGGCCGGGCUAACGGCACUGCAUGCCUCACUGCCGUACAGCGCGGCAUUGCAGUUGGUGUCGGUGCGCGAGUUCUACCAUGACGUGCGCCUCAUUGACCCCACGCGACAGACCGUCGUGCGCACCUACAGCACUACGCACACCCCCACCGGUGUGCUCUCCCCCUCUGUGCCGGCCGCUCCACACUGCAUCCUUAUCGUCGAGGGUUGUCUGGCAACGCUGUAUGAUGUGCGAUGCCCGAGUGCCGUCGUGUCGCUCGGCGAGGUGUACGAGUCGCAGGCCGAGUGGCGAGCCGCCAAGGACGCCGCGGCGGCGGGGACUGAUAAGCAGGAUGGCAGCGGCGUCGAGGGCGGCAAGCAGGGGAACGGCAAGAGUCCCGAAGGCGUCAGCGCUGGUGCCGCAUUGGCCCCCGUACCACCUCUCAUUCCUGGCCGCCUUACCAGCACCGUCGGUCAUGUGCGUGACAUCUGCGGCACCGCGAACCCGUUCGAAGUGGCGUGCGCGGUGGAUCGUGCGCUCUGCGUGUACGACCUGCGCAAGUUCAACCGCCUCUUCACCUCCUCGAGCGUUCUAAAGUAUGUCAUUGGGAGUGUAACUUCCGUGGCGGGCGGCCGUGGCGUUGUGUGCGCCGGCAUCGACGCCGAGGUGCGGCUUAUCCCGCUGCAUGAGAAGUCCGAUACGUUGUCCAAAGGGAUGCUGUCACUGGCUGCGCGUGUCGUCACACAGGCCCAGCAAAAGAAGCAGCGUAGUGACACCCGCAAGUCUGAGACACAGGACAGAAAGGCCGUCGGCGGAGCGGACGCCAACGCUGUGGGCCCGGGCGGAACGUUUCGCACGCGCCUCAGCACCUCUGUCAGCUGUACGACAACGUGGCAGGGCGGGUGGGUGACCACAUGCAACGGGGGCGGCGCAGUUGCAGUGGGCGUGUCGGUGGAUGGUGAGGUGUUCCUGGCUCAGUGA